AUGCCACCUUCCGCUCAUAAAGCCUCAGAAAAGGCAUUAAACGCAAAACGUGCAAAACGACAAACCGCAACUAAACCAAAUUAUUUCGAGGGUAAUUCUUCAGACAUUGACUCUCCGGAGGACUAUGACCCUAUGAUGACUGACACAGCCUUUGACGGCGGCGACCCCGAGUUUGGAAUAGAACCCAUGAGAAUUGACGAAGAUGAGUCCAUGAAGAGAUAUGAUGAGCGAGAGGAGGGAGAAGUCUCCGAAGAACACCGCGAGACGGCAGUCGAUCAAAAAAAAGAAAAAAAACGACAAGAAAUCAUCGACCGAAUAGAAAAGUUACAAAAAGAAUUUAACAGUAAAAAAGAUGAGAUAUUCAAAGACAGUAUAAGACAAAUCGAUUAUGAUAUUAGGGCAAUGAGGGAAGGUACUCAUCCGGAAUAUGAGGAACGUUUGCAACAACUUAUUGAUAGACGCGAGCAGACGCUUGAAAAGGCAAAGUUAUAUAAAAAUUAUCGUCUUGGAUGCGUGGAAAAAAUGUUUGACGCCGAAACGCGACAAGUUGAAGAGGAUUAUAUGCUAGAGAAACAAGGAUUAAAAGAACAAAUGCUGGCAGAUAUGGAUGAACGGAGAAAGAAAUUGAAAGAAGAUUAUGAGAGUUUUGACAUAACGAGUGACGCAGCAAUGGAUGGAAACCCGCGAUAUCAUCCGCAAAGAAAAUUGCGUGCUCGACAAAAAGAAGAUACAGAAGUGAAAGUUAAAAAACCCAAAGCUCAACCGAAUAAAACAAUAUUAGCGAAGCUAGAAGGGAUCAAAAAUGGGUGGUUAUCCACAGGUUCAAAUGUUAAUUACGCAUUCGAUAGAGAAAUCAAUCCUCUCGGUUUAUCACUGUUUGCUUUUUCAACAAAUUCAACCACGAAAAUUUCAUCAAAUGACAAAAUAUUUAUUACUGUAACAACUUGUAAAGCUCCUUUGCCAAAUUUAAAUAAAAAACCUAAAUCACCUCCCGCUGAACAAUUAGAAAUUUGGAUUUCUACAAAAUUAAAAAAUCCUGGUCCAACAAUCAUUGAAAAUGGUGGUGGUGGUGUUAAAUAUAAGUUAAAUGAAGGUUAUUUAAAAGUUGUUAUACCAAAUGAGAAUAAGAAUGGAUUGUAUAUAGGAGUAUUUGCCCCUAAAUUAUCUGAUGAUUAUUUUGGUCAUUAUUGGUUUCAAAUUGGAGCUUCUACUAAAGAUUUUUUACAUAAAAUUCCGACUGUGAAAGGAUUGAUAUUAGAUGAUACGGAUAGUACAAAUGCUUUAUUUAGAACGGUUAAUAUUAGUUCAAAACAACCUUUUUAUGAUGUAACUUUUGUUGAACACAAAUUUGUGGACGGAAUCUCUCAAUCAUUAUGUGCAUAUACUGAAAAUCGUUUAAAUUCAAAAAAUGUCUCAUAUACGACGAGGGAAUUAUAUGGAUCAUUUCAAUCUUUAAUUACUAUAAGUAAUUUAAAAAAUGGAACAAAAUAUUCCGUCCUUGUUAAAGAAGAAUCAGUUAAUAAUCCAAAAUUUUUCGUGCCUAUGGCUUUUCAAACACAAUCUCAAAGUAAUUGUAUGAUAAUAAAAGAUCUUAAAUUUUGUGAUAAGGUCUCUUAUUCUGUACCAAAAACAAUCUCAAAAACAACUGAACAAGAAUUAGCAAUUGGAUAUGAUAAUUUGGCAGAAUCAUAUUUUAAUAAUUUCAAAUUAACAAUAGACCAAUAUCCAUGUGAUGAUCCUCGUUCAAAAUAUUCCUUAGUUAGAAAUUGUAAUGAUUGUAAAGAAGCUUAUAAAGAUUGGAUAUGUGCUAUAACAAUUCCUCGUUGUGCUAAUGAAGAUUCAAUUUAUGGUAAUGAAAGAAACAAAUCUCGUGUAGAAGUCUCUGAUGAGACUAUGAAAAUUGAUCAACCUUUUGUAGAAUUACCUCCUUGUAUUGAUUUAUGUUAUAAUAUUACUAGAUCUUGUCCUGAAAGUUUUGGUUUUAGUUGUCCUAAAUCAUCAAAUUCAACAAUUUCAACUUAUGGUGAUAUAAUUGAUAGUCAAUAUCUUACAUGUAAUUCUCUAGGAAUGGAUUUUUCUUCUAUAUCUAAUCUUGCAAUAUGGUUUUCAAUACAAUGGACAUUAAUAUUAUUAGUUAUUGGAUUUACAAUUUUAAUAGUAGGAAUAUGA